UUAGAGGAUGUCCUGCUACGGUGGCUCGCGCUUUCCUCGACCGCACGACGCAUGAGGCCGUUACCGGUCGACGGAAGCGCCACCGCGCUACCGUGAGCCGCACCCCACCUCUGCUCUUCCAGAAUCCAAUGUCAUGUCCGAGCGGAGCAAAUCCCGCAAAUCAAAUUCCUCUUCCCUCUCACCGCUCAAAUCCCAAACCCUAACCCUAAACCUAGCCUCUUCUCGCAUGGCUCGCCGCCUCUUCCUCCGCCCUUCCAUUGCCACCUUCGCCGCCGCAAUCUCUCUCCUCACUAUCUUCGUUUUCUGUCACUCUUUCCUUUCCCCUCUUCCUUCCUCCUCUCUCUCCCACUCCUCCUCAGUUCGCCGCCCCAAGGUCUACCUCUACGACCUUCCCCGCCUCUUCACUUACGGCGUCAUCGAAAGCUACCUUCUCGCACGUGACCCCCUCCGCUCGCUGCCGAUAUCGGACUCUGACCUUCACUACCCCGGACAUCAACACUCCGCUGAGUGGUGGCUCCUCACCGAUCUCCUCCGCCCCGACCGCUCCGCAUCGCCGGUUGAGCGGGUCAGCGAUCCGGAGGAGGCUGAUCUCUUCUACGUCCCUUUCUUCUCGUCCCUCAGUCUUAUCGUUAAUCCAGUUCGUCCUGGUUCUGAUGGCGUUGGUGCAAGGGCGUUGUCAUACAACGAUGAAGAUAUGCAGGAGAAGCUGGUGAGUUGGGUGGAGGGGCAGGAGUUUUGGAAAAGGAACAAUGGGAGGGACCAUGUUUUCAUCUGUCAGGAUCCUAACGCACUGUAUAAGGUGAUCGAUAGGAUAAAGAAUGGGGUGCUUUUGGUGUCGGAUUUCGGGAGGUUGAGAGGGGAUCAGGCCUCGCUGGUGAAGGAUGUGAUUUUGCCGUAUUCUCAUCGGAUUAAUCCGUUCAAAGGGGAAGUUGGGAUAGAUGGGAGGAACUCGUUGCUGUUUUUUAUGGGCAAUCGUUAUCGCAAAGAUGGCGGGAAAAUUCGGGAUACACUUUUCCAAAUACUCGAGAAUGAGAAAGAUGUCAUAGUUAGGCAUGGUGCACAAUCAAGGGAGAGUAGGCGCAUGGCAACGCAAGGCAUGCAUUCAUCAAAGUUUUGCCUACAUCCUGCUGGGGAUACUCCUUCAGCUUGUAGGCUUUUUGAUGCAAUUGUUAGUUUGUGCAUCCCAGUAAUCGUGAGUGACUAUAUUGAGUUGCCCUUUGAAGAUGUCAUAGACUACAAGAAUAUUGCAAUUUUUGUUGAUACAGCUACAGCUGUACAACCAGGGCGUUUAACUUCCAUGCUAAGAGAAGUAAGCACUGAGAAAAUUUUGCACUUUCAGCGUGGGCUCAGAGAGGUAAAGCAUUUUUUUGAGUAUGAUGAUCCAAAUGGAACAGUGAAGGAGAUAUGGCGACAAGUUUCUUCUAAGCUUCCCCUGAUAAAAUUGAUGAUUAACAGAGACAAGCGCCUUGUCAAGAGGGAUCUGGAAGGCCCUGAUCGCUCUUGUAUCUGUUCAGGCCAAAAUGCAACCAUUGCUGUCCAUUAAAUGGAGUAUAGUUACAGUGCUUGGGCUCUGUUCACCCUUCAUUGAUGCUGGAGCAACUUCUGCUUCCAGGUCUAGAAGAUGUUGAUAGAAGAAAACUUUUUUUAAUUCAAAUCAGUGUAUGAAAUAUGAACAGAUACUUUUUUUUUUUGUUGUUUUGGAAAAUUUUUAGUCUCCGCUUCCCAUACUUUACUGGAGCUCAGGCAUGCCAGUUGGAAUUUUGUUAAGGAUUUAGAGAGAAGGUUAUUUGUGCAGGUAGGGUCUUUAUUAUUAUUAUUAUUAUUAUUAUUUUUGUGGGGAAA